ACAACCUUGCCGAAUACAUGUAGCCCAUAAUUUUCCAUAGCUUCUGCUAUCUCGAGUGAAUUCACAAUUGUGAAAUUGUGAAUGAAAAUGAAUUUACGUUGAAAAACAUAUUAAGUGCUUGUUGACGUGAUCCGCGAUAACGCGAUUCACAUGUCGAUCAUGUUGUAAACAGAGAAUUACCUUCGGAAGUAGCGGAAACGUACGUCAAAAGGAGGUUAAAUCGGAGUAAAUCAUCUCGGAAAGCGUAUUACAUCAUUAUUUUGCAGAAUUUUGAGCGUUAAUGCUCAUAAUACACCGAUGAGCUAUGCGGCAUCAGGUUAAACCAUACCCUUCACCAGUUUUUCCGCUUGAUCCAUCUAUCGCUACGAGCUACGGUAUCUACCCACAUUUAAGAAAUGUCCGCGGUAGAGGCAACACCGUUCAUCCGCACCAUCGAGUGGGACAUGAUGGACAAAACCAAAUUCUUCCCCCUCAGCAUGCUGUCCUCGUUCUCGGUCAGGUGUUGCCUGUACCCUCUGACAGUGAUCAAGACUCGCCUUCAAGUGCAAAGACAAAAUCACAUGUACAAUGGCAUGAUAGACGCAUGUAGAAAAAUUUACAAGCUGGAAGGCAUCACGGGACUCUAUCGGGGUUUCUGGAUAAGCUCCAUUCAAAUCGUCUCCGGGGUAUUUUACGUAUCGACAUACGAGGGAGUACGCCACUUGCUCACGCAGGACACUUCCGUUGGGCGCGUUGAUUCCAAGGUCAAAGCGUUGAUCGCCGGCGGUGCUGCCAGUCUCGUCGGGCAAACGAUAGUCGUUCCUUUCGACGUUCUCAGUCAGCACCUGAUGGUCCUCGGGAUAAACAGCACCAAGCACGGCAGAGUGCACGUAGACAAGAUGGGAAUGAAUCCGUUAGGUCUGACCCUUGAAUCCGGGAAGACUCGUGCGCAAAUCUCCGCCGAAAUAAUAAAAUUAAUUUAUCAGAGGGAUGGUUAUCGUGGCUUCUAUCGAGGGUACGUGGCGUCUCUGUGCGCAUACGUACCCAAUAGCGCCCUUUGGUGGGGGUUGUAUACAGUCUAUCAAGACGAACUUAUAAGGCUGCUUCCUGGAUGGUUCUCGCAUUUGUGUAUACAGGCGAUGGCCGGCACGUUGGGGGGUUUCACGACCACACUCAUCACGAACCCCUUGGACAUCGUGCGGGCGAGAUUGCAAGUGCAACGAUUAGACAGCAUGCUAAGUGCGUUCAGAAUACUAUGGAUCGAGGAAGGACUACACAUGUUUACCAAAGGACUUUCCGCGAGGCUCGUACAAUCCGCUUGUUUUAGUUUCUCCAUAAUCUUAGGUUACGAGACUAUCAAGAGAGUAAGCAUAACCGAAGAGUACAAGAGUUACAUUCGGUGGUGAGCUUUUGGAAUUACUAUUAAUACGAUUAAUUUCGUACGGAUGGAAUAUCGUGUGUUUCAUCCGCGAUUUUUUUAUACGACUGCGAUGCGCCUUUCAUUGUGUACAACUUGUUAAGCAUCAAAGAAGAGAUCACAACUUAAUUAUUAAUGAUGAAAACAUCCCGCGUGAAAGAAGCUACAUUCAACUAAAAUAAUUUUCUUCGGCUAUGGAAUGUUAAGUUGUGCUUAGAUUUAUAUUACGAUGCUAUCUCUCUUCAUCACACGAACAAAUAAAAAGGUAUAGAUUUUGCUGAAACAUUAAAAAUUUAG